UAACCUCCCUGAUAGAAGCACUGGCAGUGUCUACAAAGAGAGAUGAUGAGACUCUGAAGCAGAGUUUAGCUGAUGUUGGGCAGGUCACCUGCUCACUGUAGCUCUGAUUGCAGUGUUCCCUAAUCCCAAACCAUGAACCACUCCAGAUGGACUGAAUGGAGGACUCUGAACAUGAGCAGUAUCAUUGUGAAUGUGUCUGAGCAUCUCUCCUGUCCGCUAGGAUUUGGCCACUACAAUGCAGUCGACAUCUGCAUCCUUGAGACGGUCAUUAUUGUUUUGCUAACAUUUUUAAUUAUUGCUGGUAAUUUAACUGUAAUAUUUGUCUUUCACUGUGCUCCGCUCUUACAUCAUUAUACCACCAGCUGUUUUAUUCAGACUAUGGCCUAUGCUGAUCUUUUUGUUGGAGUUAGCUGCCUGGUUCCUACAUUAUCAUUGCUUCACUAUUCUACAGGUGUCCACGAGUCCUUGACUUGUCAGGUUUUUGGAUAUAUCAUCUCUGUGCUGAAGAGUGUCUCCAUGGCAUGUCUUGCUUGCAUCAGUGUCGACCGCUAUCUUGCUAUUACAAAACCUCUCUCCUAUAAUCAACUGGUCACGCCUUGUCGCUUGAGAAUCUGUAUCAUUUUGAUCUGGAUAUACUCUUGUCUGAUCUUCUUACCUUCCUUUUUUGGUUGGGGAAAACCUGGUUACCAUGGUGAUAUUUUUGAAUGGUGUGCUACCUCCUGGCUCACCAAUGCCUAUUUUACUGGCUUUAUUGUGUGCUUACUGUAUGCUCCAGCUGCUUUGGUAAUCUGCUUCACAUAUUUCCACAUCUUCAAAAUUUGCCGGCAGCACACCAAAGAGAUAAAUGACCGGAGAGCUCGCUUUCCUAGCCAUGAAGUGGAUGCUGCGGGAGAGACUGGGCACAGCCCUGACCGCCGCUAUGCCAUGGUUUUAUUUCGGAUAACCAGUGUGUUUUACAUGCUUUGGCUCCCCUAUAUCAUAUACUUUCUGCUGGAGAGCUCUAGGGUGCUGGAAAAUCCAGCACUUUCCUUCUUAACAACAUGGCUUGCUAUAAGCAAUAGUUUCUGCAACUGUGUGAUAUAUAGCCUCUCCAACAGUGUUUUCAGGCUGGGACUCCGGAGACUGUCAGAGACAAUAUGUUCAUCUUGUAUGUGUUUAAAAGACAAGGAUGUACGGGACCCCAAACCUAGAAAACGGGCUAAUUCCUGCUCCAUUUAAAGAAAACUGGGACAACUAAUGAAAUGCAAUCUGACAUUGGGUUUGGAUAGCAUUUAUUACAUCUGGAAAUUUGCCACAACAGAAAUAUUUACUUGAAUAGUUCCUAGGACAUGAAAUGGGGUUAGCAAGUGAUUCGUAAUAAAGGAAAAGGUUGCUAUUAAAGGGCACUGAAAGGGCACACAAAUUAUAAUGAAUAUGGGUCUUGUGAAAUUGUGUGGUGGUAUGACAGAAAUUAACAGAAGAUGAAAGAAAUCAAUAUCUCAUAUCUUCUGCAGGGCAUGAAAUAACUGGCACUUCAAAGCAGGCUCCCCCUUGAGAUAAAUUAGUGACCUAUUAAUUUUUUUCCUUUUAGAGAAAUUGUCAUAUACAGUAUUAUAUAUGUGGCAGGAUAUACAGUAGCCUCAAGCAUUAAAAUAUACUUUUUUAAACACAGUGAAUGGCUCUCCAUAAAUGAUAUUGACAGAGGAUGCAUAAUAAAUGUUGCAAUUUAACAAUCAGCUGCAUAUAGUCUUUGCUUGUGUCUUGUACUAUUUUCAGUUGUACAAAUAUCCGCUAAACCUUUCCCCUCUCCCACCUCCCCCCAAACCCCAUACAAAUUAAAGAAACUGAUGGGUACACUUUUUGGAUAAAAUUAAAGUUUUGUUUUUUGCAUUUCUUGUGCAGCUUCCACAAAGCCUGCUUCUUCUCCUCACCCCCCGCCACCCCCCAUUUCCAUUUUUUCAUGCCCUGCACCCUGGGUUCCAUUAUUCAGAAGUGACUUAGUUAAUGAAGGAGCCUGUCAGAUAAACUUGAUUUCAAAUAACUUCUUCCUUCAGAAAAUUCUGGCUAUUUUUACUAGCUGGAUGUUUGCAUUCACCAUAUUCUAAUGACUUUUACAAAAUUUGUUCUCUGGAUCCUGCUAAAUUAGCACACAGUACUGAUGUGGUGUCCUUUAGGAUGUACUAAAGCUUUUCCUUUAGCAGUUACACAAAUAAUCCUAAUGCAAAUAUGAUAACCACACACAGCAGUGUCACAUCACUGCUCAGUGCAUUUAAAAAAAAAUUUAAUGGAAAAUAACUUUUCUGUGGGGUCUGAAUAGCUGACUGUUGUAGCUGCCAAUCCUUUGUGUGAACCUAGCUUGCACAUAGUGUAUUUUUUUAAAAAAGAAAAUGUAAAGUAUGUGAUCUGUGCCUAAUGUUUUCAUAGCAUAUGGAGUAGGUCAAUUUUAAGUCUACAGGAUUUUAAAAAAGAAUUAGUUGCUCUAAGAGAAAUACUUUUAUGCAGUUAUUAAAUAGAUAUUUAUUAGAGGAGGAGGUGGAGAGACAAUUUAGUAUAAAAUACAGAUAAGAGCCUCAGUAUUGCCUUUUGUAAUGAACUGCCUUUCAGGUUCACCGCUUAAAUAAAAUACUUUGCAAGGGCACUACAUGUGUAAUAAAUUGCCUAGGGUUCAGAUAUAGUAUGGCAAGUAGUGACAUAUUUUAAAUAUUAGUUUUAACCCAAGGUGCCAUUUUCUCAGAUGGUGAUUUGUUUUGUUUUUUAAAAAGGCCUAACUAUUGCUACUCUUAACAGCUGCGAAAUAGUUUCUUAUUUUACCAAAAUGCAUAUAAUGAAAUUGUGCCUGUGACUUUUCGUAACGGAAGUCAACCUUAUUUGCACACCAAUGGUUUGACUACAGUAGUCUCUUUAAAAAAAAAAAAAAAAAAAAAAAAAAAGUACGCAUUGUUUUAUUGAGGUGGUUCUGAACCCCUGUACAUUUU